CAUGAGAGAUACAUCUCCUUUCUUCUCCCAUAGAGGACGACACAUAUUUGAUUGCAAUUUUGAGUCUCCUUGUGAGCUGGAAUAUUCCCUUUCCUCGAAAGAUCAGGAAAGCUCCAACAAAGCUUGGCUGAGAGUGAGUGCAGAGGAUAUCUCACAGCUGAACAUUCCGGAUGGACCAGAGAGAGAUCACUCAGAGAAUACACCAAAAGGUUAUUUCCUGUUCCUUAAUGCAUCUGAGAGCCCUGUCAUCCUGAGCCCCUGGCUGAGAAGCAGCAGUGACCAAUGCGUAGUUCAAGUGGCUGUUUAUAAGUUUUUCCAGCAGAGUGGAGAAUAUAUUGUUCGGAUGCUUCCUAUUGACGAAAGCAGCAGUGAAAUUUUGACAGAGCAGAAUCCAGAAAAACAUGGAUGGGUGCUGCUUCAAAGAAGAGUUGGACAUAUAGAGAAACCAUUUCGGAUCUCAUUGGAGUACAUUGCUAAUGGGAACAAGAGCAUAGCAGCUGUGGAUUCCUUUGCAAUGAAGAACUGCACUACAGGAGCUGCUUCUGUCUCAAAAAUGGCUCUGGAAGGCUCCUUCAGCUGCUGGAAUGGCACAUCAAUCAGGCUGGGCCAGGCGUGUGACUUCAUCAGAGACUGCACUGAAGGAGAAGAUGAGGGAGCAAUGUGCAGAAAACUUCCUUCUGGCUUUUACUGCUCAUUUGAAGAAGGGGACUGUGGCUGGAUGGAGGGCUCAUCAGCACCCCGUGCUUCUCCAUGGCGAAUUGGGAGCCUGGAGUACAACCAUUUUCCUUCAGUUGAAGAUUUUGCCCUGAUCCUUGACACCAGCAAAGCAACAGCAGGAGCAAGCACUGUAAUGACCAGCGCUACAUUUCCAGCCCCAUUGAGGAACUCCCCCUGUGAGCUACGAAUGUCAUGGCUUAUCCGUGGUGUCUUGCUGGGAAAUAUAUCCUUGGUGCUGGUUGAGAACAAGACAGGGAAGGAGCUGAGCAGGACAUUCUGGCAUUCAGCAAACAACGAAGGUUUGGGAAUAUGGCAGUGGUUGAUCAUACCUCUCCCAGAUAUACUGGACAGGUUUUGGUUUCAGAUCAUUGCUUCAUGGGAAAGAGGAUCCAAUGCCGUUAUUGCUUUUGACAAUGUCUCCCUUAGUCUGGACUGUUUUUUAACAAUCAAUGGAGAGAAGAUACCUCGAAGUACUACUCCAGACUCAAGCAAUUUGCUCACCAGUAGAAGAGGCCCGAAUAAUUUUGGAUGGGAACAAAAACUUCUGGGAAAUCUCCAACUCGGCACCGCCCCCAUUUCUGGUCCAGCAGGUGGUCACAACCAACCUGGAGGUGCACCACAGACCUACCUGGAGAAGGGGGGCUAACCAUGG